GAGGAAUGUUAGAUAUUCCCAUUUGGCAGCACCAUACUAUUUUUCAUGAGACAAUAAUGCGGACUUUCCACGUGAGCUUCGUUUUUGGCACCCUCUCUCAAACGCCAUGAUAAUGCUGCACUACAAAAGCAAAUAUCUGAGAGAGAGCCAAAAUGACACCACUUGAAUUUCAUCCAUUGCUCUGAAAUCCCCAUCUAUUCUUGACAUUCAAGAUUGGGGGAAAAACCAAAAGUAAAGCCAGGGAUACAAAUACAAAGUGGAACAAACAAAAAAGGUCUAAGCAGAGCACAAUGGCUUCUUCAUCGGCGGCGAAAAUGGCUGCGGUGGAAUGGCUGAUGGGCUCGCCUGCUGACGUCAGCGACUAUAUCGUGCUUCUAUGGAAGGCGGUGAGGUCGUAUGCGAUAGUGCCGCUUUUGAGAUUCGCUCUGUACCUCUGCUUGGUGUGGUCGUUCCUGCUGUUUGUGGAGUGGUCUCACAUGAUGAUUCUUGCUGCUCUCGCCAAGUUAAUGCGCAACAGGCACGCUAAAAAGUACAAAUGGGAGCCAUUGAAGGAUGAUUUGGAAGCUCGGAGCCUCGAUUUCCCCAUGGUUCUUGUCCAGAUACCUAUAUACAAUGAGAUAGAGGUGUACAAGAUCUCCAUUGGUGCAGCGUGUAGGUUAUCUUGGCCAGUUGAUAGGCUGGUGGUUCAAGUUUUGGAUGACUCAACUGAUCUUGUUAUUAAGGAUAAGAUUGAGAAAGAAUGCAUGAGAUGGGCAAGUGAAGGCAUAAACAUUAGGUACCAGCUUCGAGAUGGUAGGAAAGGCUACAAGGCUGGAGCUCUCAAGGAAGGGUUGAAGCGCGACUAUGUCAAAGAAUGUGAGUAUGUUGCCAUCUUUGAUGCUGAUUUCCAGCCGGAAGCAGACUUCCUUCGACGAGCCAUGCCUGUCCUCAUACACAACCCAGAGGUCGCGCUAGUGCAGGCUCGCUGGAGGUUUGUGAAUGCAGAUGAAUGCUUCUUGACAAGAAUGCAAGAGAUAUCACUGGACUUCCAGUUUGUGAUUGAGCAACAAGGAGGAUCAUCCAUUCAUGCCUUCUUCAGCUUUAACGGAAGUGGUGGAGUAUGGAGAAUUGGGGCAAUAGACGAGGCUGGAGGUUGGAAUGAACGGACCACUGUAGAAGACAUGGAUCUUGCUCUUCGAGCUGGACUAAUGGGCUGGAAGUUUGUUUUCCUAGGAGACAUUGAGGUCAGGAGCGAACUUCCUAGUACUUUCAAGUCCUACCGCUCUCAGCAGCAUCGUUGGUCUUGUGGUCCAGCCAAUUUGUUCAGAAAAAUGGUGACAGGAAUAGCAAAGAACAAGGAUAUAUCGCUAGCGAGAAAGUUCUAUAUGAUAUAUAACUUCUUCUUCAUACGGAAGAUCGUGGGAACUAUGUUCACCUUUGUUUUUUACUGUGUGGUUCUGCCAUUGGUAAGUCUGAUGCCUGAAGUUGAUUACCCUAAAUGGGGUGCCAUUGUGGCUACUCUUACUAUUGCCACCGUAAACACAAGCAUCUCGACUCCAAGAUCAUUCUACCUGGCUAUUCCUUGGGUCCUUUUUGAGAACAUAAUGUCGUUUCAUCGCACCAAGGCUUUGAUAAUCGGUCUGUUUGAGGCCAAGAGGGCAAAUGAAUGGAUCGUCACUGAGAAACUAGGAGACGCUUUCGAGGGCAAAUCCAGAGCUGAAUUAAGUGCACCAAAAGGACCUGGACAGCUUAAGCAUCUCAGAGAGAGAAUACUACCACAGGAGCUGGGAGUUGCUUCGUUUCUUUUCGCCUGUGGAUGUUACGGUGUGUUCUAUGGGCACGACAGAUAUUACCUGUACCUAUUCCCUCAAGCCAUCUUCUUCACCAUUGCUGGAUUCGGCUACUUUGGCACGAUAAUACCAAGCUGCCCUGAGCUCUCUUAGCAGUAGGGCUCUUCUUGACACAUGCAUGCUUGGAUUCUUAGGCAAGAGUAGGACUAACUUAGAACGGCUGACACUGAAUCAUAGUACUAAUUACGCGCAAGAUUUUGAGUUGAAUUCUUGCGCUUCAUUUACAGUUAGUUUUGCCAGACAUUCAUGAUUCUUAUGCCAACAUUAAUGACUAGAACAGCAUAUUGUUGAGCAUUCUUUUGUAACUUUGAUUUUUGGAUAUUGUUCAAAAGAUUCCUGUUGUAACGGGAUCUUGUAUUCAGUUGAUGUUAUUUUGAGUUUUAAUCUCAUAUAGCAUUUCAAAUAAA